ACCAUAAAAGACUCGCUCGCACUUAUUCUUGUAUCAAGAUACAAUAGUUUAACUUUUAAAUGUCUGAAGAUCACAUUUCUGUCAUAAAACCGCCGCUAAUUGACGCCGAUAUCGUGCUAAAUGGGUCUAUGGUGAGAGAAAACACAAACCUUCUACAAUGACAAAAGGGGUAGUGCAUUAACAAUUAAAAGAGGAAAUGCAGUGGAUGUUAAAAUUGUUACAUCCUCAACGAAGCGCUAAGCCGGAUCCGCACUACCUUACGACUGAUGAAAACUAAUCGGAAGCGAAUUGAAAAUCUAUCAGGGGUACUUGAGCGCCACGGAGGCUUUAUAAACAGAGUUGUUGGAUUUUACCCGUUUCUACAUUUAUCGCCUCUGCGUUUACCGAAGCACUUGAUAAGGUGUUAAAAGUGUUAAUUGACGGGGUUUUGACAGACUUAGUGGAAACAAUCGUGAUUUGUUGGUGCUUUAAUGGCGAAUAAAGAUGUGAAAAAGAAACACCGUAUUAUAUUUGCACAGUGAUUAAUCCUCGACGGAAUAUCAUUCACAAAAACAAUUGUCGACGACACGUCCGACCCGCUCGCACACUAUAUUAACAGACAAUAACAAUACAGGCAACAUUUUCGAAAUACUUUUAACUAAAUAACAUUGACAGACGCAACUGUUUGUUAUCUUAAAAUUAAUUCCUAGGAUCUUGUCAGUGGUGAAAUAACAAUCAAUCGGGUUUAUAAUAUUGAGUGGGACAGCCAAGGAGGACAGUUUGAGGGAUCAAUCCCUGAAAAGGCUUCAUCGCGCGGAUAUCUGCGAUUGUUCGCCUCAUUUAUGAUCAAUGAAUGUCGGAGACCUUUGGGAUUUGCUGAACAAUUGAGGUAGAUAUGAAUUAAACGCAUCUCGGCGAGAUUGUGUGAGAGAUUUGAAAUUGGUGAGGCUUUUGGCGUCCCUCCGGGAGCGGUCUCCUAGCGUCCGUGAGAAAUCGACGUCACCGUUCGUCUGUGUCACACUGGCGAAUGACUAAUAUACCGGGAAACUUUUGUGUAAUAACGUCGCAGUAAGGCAUGGGAAAAACAAUUGAAGGUUGAAAUUAUAGUUUUAGAUCGUUUUAGUUCUAUUGUCACUUUUAAUCGUUAUUAAAAAUCGUCAGGUAACCUACGAAAAGAGCCAGUCCAUUGCAAAAAUCACCAGUGUUUUGUAGAGGAAGGGUUUAGAAAAAUUGGGCAACUACUUUGCGUGCUUCUUUAGGAUUUUAAGUGGAUAUUUCAAUUAAAAAGAAUGAAAAAAGUCUGCAAGGAAAUUUACGAGCUUCGAUGGGCCGUCAGAAGUAGCAUGAAUGGGUCACAUUAUUCAACGCUGGAAUGCUAACUUCCAAACCAGGAAUUCUUAUUGCUUUAAACAUAAUUGAUGAUGUGAUGGCCACAGGACGCCUGUUCCUUUUCGUGUGUUUGUCCCUUGUACACGUGCAGGGCACUACCCGCGCAUUCCUCGAUCUUCUCAAGGAGUCGGAUUAUGACGUCACAAGUGACGUCACAGUUAUCAGCCGUCUCGGAACAUCACGGCCUGCACCUUCGGAUAAAUUACCUGUUAUUGACCUCAUUGAAAACCCAAGUGCAGUGUUUGAUCCACCCGAGUCGGAGCUAAACCACCGGAAACUCCGACGGCUGCUGGGAGAAGACUUUGAUCCGGAGUUUAUGGGCAUUGGGCGGCCGGUCGUGGCGGCAUUCCAACCCAACGGAACUGUUGAUAUGAACAGACGGCGAGGAAGGCCGAAGGAACACCGACCUGAUUUUAUCAAAGACAUAGGCACUCCUAUUAGGUAUGGUAGUCAUAUUAGAAUCGAUGGAUUAAACAUGAACAGACGGACGAAACGUGCUGUGAAAAAGUAUAUAUGGAAUUAUACACAUUGUCCUGUGGUGUAUGCAUGGAAAGAUUUAGGUAUUCGUUUUUGGCCCCAGUGGAUAAAGGAGGGCCACUGUUAUAACGGGCGAUCGUGCUCCAUGCCCCCGGGGAUGAUGUGCCGUCCCUCGGCUUCAGAGACAAGAACGCUCUUCCGGUGGCACUGUCCACUGAGCAAAAAAGGCCAGCUGCUGAAAUGCCGCUGGAUUAGAAUUCAAUAUCCGAUAAUAACCAAAUGUUCCUGUUCCUGUUGAGUGGCCGAUGUUGUUUGAACAACCAUUAUUUAUAAUACGGGUGGAUUUACACAGCGCGUUUCUUCAUAUAGAAAUGACGUUUAUCGACGUAGUUUGAGAUAGGAUACUAAUUGCCAAUUAGUGUUGUGAAGUGUGAGAGAAGGAAACAUCCGUGUCUCCUCGCUGAUAGCACGGGCGAUUGGGGGCGGCCGGACAGCCAAGCGGCCAUCGAUAUUUGCUACAUUGUUACAUUUGUUAGUCAGUUCCAAGAUUUGAUAGCAGCGACCGCUGGUACUUUGACGCAAGCUACCUCCAAUUUAAAUACCACGUGACUUAGUUUUCUCUGGACAAGAUUAAUUUACUUCUUUGUAAGAUGGCUACAAACCAAAUAUUAUAUUAUACGACUGAAAGAAAUUACAGUGUGAAGCAUACACGGAAAGUUGAACUUUAACUUUCUUUUAAUAUUAUUUAAGUAUCUAUGUUUCAAGUAAUCACUUACAUGGAUAAGAUUUGUUUCAAAUGAUCAAGAAUCCUCAGUAUUCUUUUUUUUUAAAUGCCACUGUAACGUUUUAUACAUAUUUGUAUAUUGGGGAGGAUGGCCAGUAUUGUUUAUAUAAUCAGACCAUAUGUAAUUGUUUCUAUUUUUAUCGCAUGGUCUUAAUAACAAAAUCAAGACAGUUCCAAAGAGGACAAUUGAAAAAGUUAUUUUUCCCUUGUAAAAGACAAACUCCUGAGGCUACAAGGUUGCUGAGGCUAAACACAGAAUCAAUUUAGUAUGGUCUUACAUAAACGCAAACUUGUACAUAUUCUUGUUAUAGACAUAAAAUGGGCUACUUCUAUUGAAAAUGGAUAUAGAUGGUUAAUCAAGUAUUCAAUAGAGAUGGUGUGAUGUCUUAAGUCACCAGCUAAAACAUUUAAAAACAAAACCGCUAACUUAAAAUUUACAUGUUAACGUAUAUUAUUUUAUUUUUUAUUCGCAGCCAUACCAAAUUUUGGACUUUACGAAAUUUUAAAUACUUAUAUGGUCUAAUAAGAAAAAAAAUGGCUGCUGAUCAAAUUCGUUUAAGAUAUUCCAAUGUUGUUCUUUUUGGAUUGCAUUUAUAAGUGAACCAUCUUGUGUAAUAAGUACUUAAUAUUUAUACUAUAUUAAUUGAUUGCGUUAACGUCGGUAAUUACUAGUUAUCAAUUAUGUUGUCAGUGGUAAAUGUACAUUGUUUAAACUUAAUAUCAAAAUUAAUUGUUUGGAUAACAAAAUAGUAUUGUUGUUUUGUCGAUGUUGCCAUUAAAUCAAAUUGUUCAAAUCA